AUGACACCGAGCUCUUCUCCAGGACUCCGCCCUUUCAUCCGCAAGCAAGCGUUGAAUCUGACACAAGCUUUAGGGAACCAACUAUAUGGUCGCAGCUGCGAUAUUUUUUUGCCGAUGGCCAUGAUGGCAAGUGCAUCGUCGGGCAAUGCCUAUGAGAACUACGACCACACCGAGAUCGAGCAGGAUCUCAUAGAUCCAGACGAUGCAGCGAACAUUAACGAUCUUGAGGAUCCUCUGCAGUCGAACUCUGAUCGAGCGCCAUUGACGGGCAACAUCCUAUCAUCGUCCUCCCGCAAUCCUCUAUCCCAAUCAUACCUCAACUCAUCGAUUCCAGGCGAGGAUAGGCGCGUACCUACAAACACCAUUGAUGAGUCUGUAUGGGAAACAUUGUCCCGGGACCUGCUGGCUGUAUGGGAAAAAAUGAGACAGGUUCUUUGGCCUAAGUAUCUGCUAGGAGGAAUGCUACAGAGAGGUGGAGGCAUCGGAGGCGCAGAAAGGGGUGAGGGAGACAGCCUUGCAGGAGGCUUCAGGGGUGUUGCUGGAAGGUGGCCAGACGCAGAUGUGGUACUCCAAGGUGGCAUGUCUGAAGGCUUAAGGGACUGGGAUCUUUGGGGCCCGUUGAUCUUUUGCCUGCUUCUGAGCUUGCUGCUGUCGAUGACCGCAUCAAGUAAACAGAAAACAACUGUCUUCUCUGGGGUUUUCGCGCUGGUCUGGAUUGGUGAGGCUGUGGUAACUACGCAAAUCAAACUUUUAGGAGGAAACAUCUCUUUCUUCCAAUCGAUAUGCAUCAUCGGCUACACGCUCUUUCCACUGGUCAUUGCGGCGAUGCUGAGUGCUCUCCAUCUCCCAAGUAUAGCACGCGUUCCUGUGUAUAUCGUGCUUAUCGCGUGGUCAUUAGCUGCUGGUGUCAGCAUUCUUGGGGGCUCGGGAGUGGUGAAGAAUCGGGUGGGAAUUGCAGUAUACCCCCUGUUCGUGUUCUAUGUUGGGCUAGGGUGCUUGUGCUUUAUCAGUUGA